AGCCCGCCCGCCCGCUCGCCCGAGCCACGGGAAGGUUUUAAACAGCAUCAUGGCUCAUUCCAAGACAAGAGCCAAUGAUGGAAAAAUUACUUAUCCCCCAGGAGUUAAAGAAAUAUCUGAUAAAAUUUCUAAAGAAGAGAUGGUACGGCGAUUAAAAAUGGUUGUUAAAACUUUCAUGGAUAUGGACCAGGAUUCUGAAGAAGAAAAGGAGCUGUAUCUGAAUCUUGCUCUACACCUUGCUUCAGAUUUUUUUCUUAAACAUCCUGAUAAAGAUGUUCGUUUGCUUGUAGCAUGCUGUCUUGCUGAUAUUUUUAGAAUAUAUGCCCCUGAAGCACCAUACACUUCACCAGAUAAACUUAAGGAUAUAUUUAUGUUCAUAACAAGACAAUUAAAAGGAUUGGAAGAUACAAAAAGUCCACAGUUCAAUAGAUACUUUUAUUUGCUAGAGAAUAUUGCAUGGGUUAAAUCUUAUAACAUAUGCUUUGAACUAGAAGAUAGCAAUGAAAUUUUCACACAACUGUACAGAACAUUAUUCUCUGUAAUCAACAAUGGUCAUAAUCAGAAGGUUCAUAUGCACAUGGUGGAUUUGAUGAGCUCUAUCAUUUGUGAAGGAGACACAGUGUCUCAGGAGCUUUUGGAUACAGUUUUGGUUAAUUUAGUGCCUGCACAUAAGAACUUAAAUAAGCAAGCAUAUGACUUGGCAAAAGCUUUAUUAAAGAGGACAGCUCAAGCCAUUGAACCCUAUAUUACUAAUUUCUUUAAUCAAGUGCUUAUGUUAGGAAAAACAUCUAUCAGCGAUCUCUCCGAGCACGUUUUUGACUUAAUUCUGGAGCUAUAUAAUAUUGAUAGCCAUCUUUUACUCUCAGUUUUGCCCCAGCUUGAAUUUAAGCUUAAGAGCAAUGACAAUGAAGAGCGGCUGCAGGUUGUAAAACUACUAGCAAAAAUGUUUGGUGCAAAGGAUUCCGAAUUAGCAUCUCAAAAUAAGCCACUGUGGCAAUGCUACUUGGGGAGGUUUAAUGAUAUCCAUGUACCUAUUCGUUUGGAAUGUGUGAAAUUUGCUAGUCACUGCCUUAUGAAUCAUCCAGAUCUUGCUAAAGAUUUAACAGAAUAUCUUAAAGUGAGGUCUCAUGACCCUGAAGAGGCCAUUAGGCAUGAUGUUAUUGUAUCAAUCGUUACUGCUGCUAAGAAAGAUCUUUUACUUGUCAAUGAUCAUCUGCUUAAUUUUGUGAGAGAGCGAACACUUGACAAACGGUGGAGAGUGAGAAAAGAAGCUAUGAUGGGACUUGCACAGAUAUACAAGAAAUAUUCGUUACAAUCAGAAGCUGGAAAAGAAGCUGCAAAACAGAUUGCUUGGAUAAAGGACAAGCUUCUACAUAUAUAUUAUCAAAACAGCAUUGAUGAUCGACUGUUGGUGGAGCGUAUCUUUGCACAGUACAUGGUCCCACACAAUUUGGAAACCAAUGAAAGAAUGAAAUGCUUGUAUUAUCUAUAUGCAACCCUGGAUUCAAAUGCUGUUAAGGCACUGAAUGAAAUGUGGAAAUGUCAAAAUCUGCUGCGGCACCAAGUAAAGGAUUUGGUUGACUUAAUCAAGCAGCCAAAAACAGAUGCCAGCAGUAAAGCUAUAUUUUCAAAAGUGAUGGUGAUAACAAGAAACUUGCCAGAUCCUGGCAAAGCACAGGAUUUUAUGAAGAAAUUCACUCAAGUUUUGGAAGAUGAUGACAAAAUAAGGCAUCAGCUGGAAAUGCUUGUUAGCCCUACUUGUUCUUGCAAACAAGCUGAAGGUUGUGUGCGAGAAAUUACAAAGAAGUUAGGCAAUCCCAAGCAGCCUACAAAUCCAUUCCUGGAAAUGAUAAAGUUCCUUCUGGAGAGAAUAGCCCCUGUGCACAUUGAUACUGAAUCUAUCAGUGCCCUUAUAAAACAAGUGAACAAGUCUAUAGAUGGAACAGCAGAUGAUGAAGAUGAAGGUGUACCUACUGAUCAGGCAAUUAGGGCAGGUCUUGAAUUGCUUAAGGUACUUUCGUUUACACAUCCUAUCUCAUUCCAUUCAGCUGAAACUUUUGAGUCUCUCUUGGCUUGCCUGAAAAUGGAUGAUGAAAAGGUAGCUGAAGCUGCAUUGCAGAUUUUCAAGAAUACAGGAGGCAAAAUUGAAGAGGACUUCUCACACAUCAGAUCAGCUUUGCUUCCUGUUUUGCAUCAUAAAGCCAAAAAAGGACCUCCACGUCAGGCCAAAUAUGCUAUUCACUGCAUCCAUGCAAUAUUUUCCAGCAAAGAAACACAAUUUGCUCAAAUAUUUGAGCCUUUACAUAAAAGCCUCGAUCCAAGCAACCUUGAACAUUUGAUUACACCCCUGGUUUCCAUUGGCCAUAUAGCCUUGCUGGCACCUGAUCAGUUUGCUGCACCCUUGAAAUCUUUGGUGGCCACCUUCAUUGUUAAAGACCUGUUAAUGAAUGACAGGAUGCCAGGAAAAAAGACAACUAAGCUUUGGGUGCAGGAUGAAGAAGUUUCUCCUGAGACUCUUGUAAAGAUCCAGGCCAUAAAGAUGAUGGUUCGAUGGUUGCUAGGAAUGAAAAAUAACCACAGUAAAUCGGGCACAUCUACUCUGAGAAUGUUAACAACAAUAUUACGCAGCGAUGGAGACCUGACUGAACAGGGAAAAAUCAGCAAACCUGAUAUGUCUCGUCUGAGGCUAGCUGCUGCUAGUGCUAUUGUGAAGCUGGCACAAGAGCCUUGUUAUCAUGAAAUCAUAACACUAGAACAGUACCAGCUGUGUGCAUUAGCCAUUAAUGAUGAGUGUUACCAGGUCAGACAAGCAUUUGCUCAGAAACUUCACAAAGGGCUGUCAAGGCUACGGUUGCCACUGGAGUAUAUGGCCAUUUGUGCGUUGUGUGCAAAAGACCCAGUGAAAGAAAGGAGAGCUCAUGCAAGACAAUGCCUAGUGAAAAACAUAAAUGUGAGAAGGGAAUAUCUGAAACAGCAUGCGGCAGUCAGCGAGAAGCUCUUGUCACUUUUACCAGAAUAUGUUGUUCCAUACACUAUUCAUCUUCUGGCUCAUGAUCCUGAUUAUGUCAAAGUCCAAGAUAUUGAGCAACUGAAAGACAUUAAAGAGUGUCUUUGGUUCAUAUUGGAAAUAUUGAUGGCUAAAAAUGAAAACAACAGUCAUGCAUUUAUAAGAAAAAUGGUAGAAAACAUUAAACAGACAAAAGAUGCGCAAGGACCUGAUGAUCCAAAAAUGAAUGAAAAACUUUACACUGUGUGUGAUAUAGCAAUGAACAUCAUUAUGUCAAAAAGCACAACAUAUAGUUUAGAAUCUCCCAAAGACCCUGUCCUUCCUGCUCGAUAUUUCACUCAGCCUGACAAGAAUUUUAGUAAUACCAAAAAUUAUUUGCCUCCAGAAAUGAAAUCAUUUUUCACUCCAGGAAAGCCCAAAGCAGCCAAUGUUCUUGGAGCAGUUAAUAAACCUCUUUCAUCAGCAGGCAAGCAAUCUCAGUCCAAAUCUUCACGAAUGGAAACUGUAAGCAAUGCCAGCAGCAAUUCAAAUCCAAGCUCACCUGGAAGAAUCAAAGGGAGACUUGACAGCACUGAAAUGGACCACAGUGAAAAUGAGGACUAUACAAUGGCUUCACCUUUGCCAGGAAAAAAGAAUGACAAGAGAGAGGAUGCUGAAAUUUCAGAAUUGGAAAAACCUAGAGGUAGAAAGAAAAUUAUUACAGAUCCAGAAGAAAAAUUGGGAAUGGAUGACCUGAGUAAGCUAGGACAAGAGCCCAAACUUAGAAGUGGUCAACGAGGCAGAAAAAGAGCAGCAGCUAUUUCAGAAUCUGAGGAACCUCAAUGGUCAGAGGAAAAAAGACUAAAAGAGGAUGUUCUAGAAAGUGAAGAUGAACAAAACAGCCCACCAAAGAAAGGAAGAAGAGGACGACCUCCUAAAGCAGUUUCUGGAGGCACGCCAAAGGAAGAACCAACAGCUAAGACUUCUAAAAGAGGUAGGAAAAAGCCUACACCAAUUAAAUCUGUAGAGGAAGAGGAGGAGGAGGAAGAGGAGGAGGAGGAGGAGGAAGAAAGACAAGUGGAAAACAUAGACCAAAAGUCAAAAGGUCGGCAGUACAAAACACAAAGAAAAACACAGCAAAGGUCUGAAUCAUCUGAAAUAAGUACAACUGAAUCCAACCAAUCUACACCACAGAAAAGACGAGGAAGACCACCAAAAACACCACCUUCACAACAGAAAAAAGGAAGAACUGGACGAGCAAAGCAGACAGCAAGUAAAGAAAAUGAAUCUGGUGAAGAGAUGGAGGUGUUUCAGAGUAAUUCACCUGUUCAGGAUAUUCCUGAAGAAGUUACGAUGGAGGAGGAAGAAGUUUCCACAGUUAAAGUACGCAGGAGAACAUCCAAAAGGGAAAGACGAUGAACAGACUGCAUUGCUAUCUUGAUUAAGUGACAUUUCUGAAGAAUAAUGUUAUUAUAUGUGACAUUUGAGACUGAAGAAGGCUGUUGGUGCUCACAGUGGGGUUGCUAAUGGAAGCUAGACCAGUUUUUGUUUCCUUCCCCUGUAUUUGGAGUUCCUUGGUCAUAUAUAUAAGCCACACACGUUAAAAUCAUUAACCAUGGGUUUUGUGAAGUGUAAUGUGCGCUGGCUAUAUAGACACAUGAACUAAAGAAACUGCCUGUAAAUAAUCCUUUUUAAAAAAUGUUUCUGACUUCUAAAGUGCUUGUAUAGCUAUGACUGCGGCUUUAAAACUGACAGUACAAGACUGUCUGUUAAAUCUGUUGAUUAAAAAAAAAAGGAAAACAGUUAGAAUGGGUAUCAAGCAAUAUCUGUCCGUGUCUGUAUUUUAUUUUUCUUGACAUUUAACUGUGAAAAAAUCAGCUUGACAAAAUAGUGACUCUUCUGACAGUAUUUGUUAGAAAGUAAAAGAAAAGACAUGGUCUCCUUUUAUGUAUCUAAUCCAGUGUUUCUUUGGCACUUGUGUCUUUUGGAGGUGCCAUAUUGCUUUUGAACAAGUUGGAGUAAAAAAUACAGCCAGAUGCAGAUUUGUGAGAGAAGAUUGAUUUUACACACCUCAGUAUUGACACCAGACUUCUCUGGACUUCUUUGUGGCAUUGAGCAUUUAAAAGGAUUUAAUAUUUUAAUUUUUAAAAUGUGUUAUUAAAUAAUGUAAUGAAAGACUAUCCUCUUAUUUUCCUUAAUAGUUUUUGUUAAUCUGCUGUAUCAAUAAAAUUCUGCAACUGAACUUUUAAUAGUCUAGUAUCUCGGUGUGCAUACUUCCCCUUGAAAGUCAUGUUCACAAAGAGUAAAUUAAUGCAUCAUACCAUGAAACCUGAUAUCUGAGCUUUAGUGAAAAUGCAGGUUUUAUUACUGUGUAAACCCAAUCGGAGAGAAAAUUUUAUUGAUGCAGACUUUCUUUAUAAUGCUGUUACUUCUUGAAAGGCAAGUGUUUUGUAUUUCUCAAUGAGUUGCAUGUUAAUGAAAAAAUGUAAUGAAAUUGCAAUGUAAUUUUAAAGUCUUAUCUGGCUGUAGAAUAUGCUACAUUGCACCACAAGAAGAAUCUCCUACCAAGAAUUUAUUGUAUUUUCUUUUUUGUUAAUUUUUUUUUUGGGGGGGCUGUGGUCAGUGGAGGGGAGAUUUGUGAUGAACAUAUUUUCAUUUGAAAGAUCAGCUGCAGAAUAAUUCAGUCAGGGUAUUCAGAAUCUUUAUGGAUCUUCAUGUAACUUUAAAGUGUUUGAACUUAGUUUUUGUAAUUUUAUCCAAGAAACAAUGAGAAAACUAUAUGUCAUCUUGCAUGCAGUUUAGCAGAUUGUUUUUCAACCAAAAUCUAUAGGUUGCUGCUUAUAGAUUAACAUGCUGUUUUCUUUCUGCUUGCUAGCAGUAAAUGUUAUUUUAAAUUAUUAAUAUUUUAACUCUUAAAAUAAUGGAACAUUAUUAUAAAUUAAGCAAAGGCUUCCUUUAAGUUAUAAUUCCAGGGGAAGAUACAGUGGGGAAGCAGUGAGACAUUAUGGCCAUUUCAGAACAUGUUUGCAAGUAUAUUUUUCAGAGGAAGUUCAACUUUUUUCUAAGCUUUUUUAUUAUAUAAUUUUUAUUGAUUUUUUUUUAAAAAAUUGGCAGUAGCAAUAGACAGAGCCAGGCAGUUUGUGUUGAUCAAGCUGUUCUGCUUAAGUGCUUUUCCUAGCAGCUUUUUAAACUAGUAAUUAUUGUUUUCAGCUGUCUUCUAUUUUUAUGUCCAUGGCUGUGGGUAACAGCUGUCUAAAGAUAUCAGCUAAAGUUGGCUCAGAUUACUUCAGCUGAAAAGUACCCUAGCACAAUGUAACCUCAAUGGUUCACAAAAUUUAGCAGUGCAAAUGAGAAUUUUUAUAUCCUAUAAAAGAAAAAUAGACUGUUAAUAUUGCAUUUUCUUCACUGACAAGAUUGCACUGAUAACAUUUAUUGGGUAUUAUCUAAAACAGUUUUAUACAAAGUAUGAAACAAAUAUUCAAACUGCUUGCAGACUGUUAAAGAUUUAUUUGCGCAAACAUAGUUUGAUCAUAUUUCCCUUAAUAUUGCUGCACAUCAAUUGAUCAUAAAAUUUUAAUAUUUAAAUUUAAUCUAUGGUUCAGCAGUUUACAUGUUUGUUACCUGGAUUAUAAUGUAUAAUUGGAAGAACAGGUGCAGAUGAAAUGAGAUGAUGUUUAACCCUUUUAGUUUUUAUUCUCCUCUUACAAGUAUAAGGAAUAUCUUAUGUACUAAUACUUUGAGAUCUGCAUUCAGUGGUUGCAGUGAAAUAAUGUAUAAAAAGACCAUAUGCUAAGAUCCAGUUAGUGUGCUCUUCAAUUAUGUUCAGAUUAUAGUAUGUACUGUAUAACAUUAAACAGUCAAAUUUAUGUUAC